UCUCCGCUGAACAGCUGGAGACUAGGCUCGUUGAAUUUGCAAAGCGCAGUGACAAGCCAUCUGCAAGCCACAGGAAGGAGGAAAACCACCUUCGUCUCUUUUAUUUCACCUUUAAUUAUUUUACAAUGCAUAAUAAACUGAAAGCAGGCUCUACGUGAAACAAUAAAACCGAAUUUUAAGUUUAAAUUAAUGGUACAGGAGGGUAUUAUGUCCAGGACGCCUUCCACCUCAACCCAGGAAAUCCAAAUGGACAUGUUUGACCACCACGGCUCUCACGCUCAGGGGAAGUAUGCAAAGAGGAAGAGCCGUUUCAAACGUUCAGAUGGCAGCACCUCCUCAGACACAACCUCUAACAGCUUCGUUCGACAGGGCUCAGCAGACUCCUACACCAGUCGUCCUUCAGACUCUGACGUGUCUCUGGAGGAGGACCCUGAGGCUCUCAGGAAAGAAGCCGAUAGACAAGCUCUCGCCACGCUAGAGAAGGCUAAGACCAAGCCAGUAGCGUUUGCUGUGAGGACUAACGUUGGCUAUAACCCAGGCCCUAAUGAUGAUGUACCUGUUCAGGGCAUGGCUAUCUCUUUCGAACCCAAAGACUUCCUGCAUAUCAAAGAGAAAUAUAAUAAUGACUGGUGGAUUGGGCGUUUGGUGAAAGAAGGGUGUGAGGUGGGGUUUAUCCCUAGUCCGGUGAAGCUUGAGAGCACCCGUCAAUUACAAGAACAGAGAAUGAGGCAGAACCGCCUUAGCUCCAGUAAGUCCGGUGGAAGCUCUAGUCUGGAUGUUGCCACAGGUGCCCGGAGGCCCACUCCACCUGGAACAGCUGACUUGUCCUCUGGGCUUUAUGACGAUUCGGAUUCAGAAGUUGAGGAGGUGGAGCCUGCCAACACCCGAGACCAAAAGGGUGUGGGCGGAAGUGUCACCUCCCCUCAAGGCAACCUACCCCGCCUCCCUUUCUUUAAGAAGAUGGAACAUGUUCCUCCUUAUGAUGUGGUGCCUUCCAUGAGACCCAUUAUUUUGGUGGGACCAUCCCUUAAAGGCUACGAGGUGACAGAUAUGAUGCAGAAAGCUCUCUUUGAUUUUCUAAAACACAAAUUCGAAGGCAGAAUAUCCAUCACCAGGGUGACAGCAGACAUCUCACUUGCCAAACGUUCCGUCCUAAACAACCCCAGCAAACACACGAUCAUCGAGCGCUCCAGCACCAGAUCCAGUCUGGACGUACUGGCUGAGGUACAGAGUGAAAUCGAGAGAAUCUUUGAGCUGGCCCGGACGCUCCAGUUAGUGGCUCUGGAUGCCGACACAAUCAACCAUCCUUCUCAGUUAGCCAAGACGUCACUGGCACCUAUCAUAGUCUACAUCAAGAUUGCCUCUCCAAAGGUGUUGCAGAGGCUGAUAAAGUCCAGGGGUAAAUCUCAGGCCAAACAUCUCAACGUCCAAAUGGUGGCGGCUGAUAAACUUGCACAGUGUCCUCCAGAGCUUUUUGAUAUAAUAUUAGAUGAGAAUCAGCUGGAGGAUGCAUGUGAACACCUGGCUGAAUACCUGGAGGCCUACUGGAAGGCUACACACCCUCCGAGCAGCAACCCACCCAACCCUCUGCUCAAUCGCACCAUGGCCACGGCCGCCCUGGCAGCUUCGCCCGAACCCGUCUCCAACCUGCAGGGGCCAUUCCUGGUGCAUGGAGAACAGAAGAGGGAUGGGCCUGAACGUGGCAGACUCCAAGAUUACCAGAGUGACCUGGGUGGCAAGCAGCCGCUGCGCUCCUCACGUAGCCAGUUGCAAACCAGUGGCCGAGGUCUGUCACGGCAGGAUACGUUCGAUUCUGAGACACAGGGCAGCCGUGAUUCUGCCUACACCGACGACAUGGAGACCGACCCGUACGAAGAGCCAGACCCGUGCCGCUCAUACCGUCUGAACCCCGCCCACCACGCUCCUCGCCAGGCCUCCUGGGAGGAUGAAGGGGCGGAGCCUGACCAGGAGAACCUCAACAUGGUCCCACCACCAGCCAAUCAACAUCAGCGUGGACGAGGCAAGCUGAGGGAGCGCUACUCUCAAGACGCAGAAGGCAGCGGAGCGACAACGGGCCGCAACCAUAACCAGGAGGAGUGGAGCAGAGAUGUGUACAUUCGCUAGAGCAGGUUUACCUGAGACGAGGGUGAGGAGUUGUUUAGAGUGACACAAAAUAGAAUCUCUAUAGUUGGAUCUGUUUACAACCCAGAGAAACACACAGUCAUUGACUAACGCUGUACAGCUAACACUCAUGACAUUCGCAUUAAGGUAACAAAGCUCUCGGUCAUUACAUAUUUGAGGGUGACCACAUGUCCUAUUUUUCUCUGAAAUGCUUUCUUCUUGGCCUGGAUUUCUUUUUUCUUUUUUGUUAUAUUUAUAGGAUUUUUAUGCCUUUAUUGUGAGAGGACAGUUGAGAGAUGACAAGAAAGUUUUGGGUGGAGAGAGGGGGCGGGAUCGGCAAAGGACCUCAAGGCAGGAAUCGAACUCGGGUCGCUGUGAGAGCAGUUGCACUUCUAACCACGAGGCUAUCGGUUUGGCCAGGAUAAAUUACAUUUAUUUAUUAAAUAAAGGCUUAAAUACACUACACAACUUUUAAAAUCUGAACAGAUUUUAAAACAAUAAGCGUCAUAGACUUGUCAACUUUGUAAAUAGUUACAGAGGCAUCAUAUAUUGGACAUCUAAGGAUCACACACUACCAGAUUUUCAAGUCGUUCUGAUCCCAACAAACUUAGAAACUCAUACAUUGUUGCUAGCAGGCACAUGACAAAUGAAAAGUUUUUUUAUUUUUUUUAAUUGGCUCAAAAUAUCAAAUGUGUUUGAUAUCCUCUGACUGGAUGGAAUGAUAGUCUGAAGCAAAAAUACCAGAUUCUGACAUUAGAAAUCCUUGCCAGGACAAUUCUGACAAAAUAAAGACAUCUGGUCACCCUAAUUUAGUUUAAAUCUGUUUUUGAGGAGAAUAAGCAGGAGAACCUUUCUUCAUUUCUAUUUUACUUUUGUAUAGUACUGCAUGACUCCUAAUCAUUAUAAGCUUAGUAACUGUUCUCGCUGAGCAUUAAACACGAUUCAGACUGUAUAACCAAAAUCUUGUAGGCGUAUGUUUGCGUUCGUAUGGUUCGGUGGUCGGGUGCGUAUGUGUGCGUGUCUGUGCAUCCUCUGUAGUCUUAAACAGGGUCUUUCUGAUACACAGUAGUCUUGGGAGUGAUCCACCAAUUCGUUUUCCCAGACUGCACUACUGCAGAGCACGUUUUUGUUUCGUAUGUGAUUCUAUUUAUUUUAUUUAUUGAGUCUGGAAAGGUCUAUCCAGAUUUUAGCCUGCUAAAACCUUUACUGGGCUCCACCGCUGCUGUGUACUCCUCCAAUCCACAAGGGGUGCUGUGGUGCUCACAUGCUAUAGUUUAAUAGGGCUAAAAAGCCUAAAGUGUAUCAACAGAUGUUAAUCCAGAUCUGCUAGCAGUUCUAAAAGGCUAAUAUGCAAAUAUAAAUAAGACAAUUAAGAGGGUCAAAUUUUAGAACUAAAAGCCCAAAAUGUUUGAGACCACCUCUAAAGUUGAACACAAAUAGCUUUGUGUUGAUUGUAACCGGCUCUGUCCCGUCUUCUGUGCCUGCUCAAGGGCUUUUAGCAUUUGUGCCGCUAGUGUACCACUGAAACAUAUUCUGCCUUAUUUGCACGUCAGUCACACAGGCCAACCAAUCACAAGUGCCGUAAUCUCUCAUCAGGCCUCUCCCACCAUAAAUAUGGUGGUUGUCUUAACUCAGUGCAGCACAUAUAGAUGUUAUUGUUGUGUGAUAGUAGUCAACACUGCCAUUUUACCUUAUCAUAGUGACAUGUUUGCACUGCUAGCCAUCUGAAGAUUAAACAAGCUGUUUAUUGCAUGACAGUUUAAGGAUUCACUUCACAGGCUGAGAAGCUGACAUACAUACACACAUCCUACUGCCAAAUUCAUGCUAAUGCUACUGCUUUUUGUGUUGUUAUCUCUGUGGCCAAUUUCUAAGCCAGGACUGUAUGUGUGUGUGUAUGAAAUGGGAGAAAAUCUGGAGUCUUUACUAUUUUAUGUAACCAGAGCCUUGGUGAAUGUCUUUGAGCCUCUUUUUACCCUCACCUAUGUCUGAAAAGAUCAUCAUGAUGAAAUUCGCUAAAUAUACAAGUAGAUAGCUUACUAAAUAAUGUUAUUGUUGCAUUAUUGCAAUUGUUUCAAAAUAUAAGGAAAACAGACAUAUUCUUUGGUGCCUGAUUGUAGCUCCAUUUUACUUUUUGUUUUUAAUCUGUGGAUAAAUUCAUAUUUUAAUUAAAAAUUUUAAUCUGGAUCAACC